UAUGUCUUGAAAAAAUGGAAGAUAUUCAGCUAGCCAUGGUUAUUGCCCGUUUAUAUGAAUCUGAAUUUGAGACUUCAUCCACUUAUAUAUCCAUCCUAAAUCAGAAGAUUUUGGGUUGCCAAAAGGAUGGCUCAGGAUUCAGUUGCAAAAGAUUACAUCCUGAUCCUUUCCUGCGUAGUCUUGCCUAUUGGGUAAUGAAAGAUUACACCCGAGCCUUGGACACAUUACUGGAACAAACACCAAAGGAGGAUGAUGAACAUCAAGUUAUCAUCAAGUCUUGUAACCCAGUGGCAUUUAGUUUUUAUAACUACCUUCGAACUCAUCCUUUGCUUAUUCGAAGAAAUCUUGCCUCCCCUGAAGGAACUUUGGCAACCUUAGGUCUCAAAACUGAGAAGAACUUUGUUGAUAAAAUUAACCUCAUAGAAAGAAAAUUAUUCUUUACCACUGCAAAUGCUCAUUUUAAAGUUGGAUGCCCUGUUUUAGCCUUGGAGGUACUCUCCAAAAUUCCAAAAGUAACCAAAACAUCUGCCUUAUCUGCAAAAAAAGAUCAGCCUGACUUCAUUUCUCACAAGAUGGAUGAUGUACCUUCACAAUCAAAAGCUCUGAGUGAUGGCAGUGGAAGUUCUGGUAUUGAUUGGUCAAAUGUAACUUCAUCACAGUAUGACUGGAGUCAGCCAGUAGUAAAAGUUGAUGAGGAACCUCUUAAUCUUGAUUGGGGUGAAGAUCACGACAGUGCCUUAGAUGAAGAGGAAGAAGAUGCUGUUGGUUUAGUGAUGAAAAGUACAGAUGCCAGGGAAAAAGAUAAACAAUCAGAUCAGAAGGCCUCAGACCCUAACAUGUUAUUAACACCUCAGGAAGAGGAUGGUCCUGAAGGUGAUACUGAAGUUGAUGUGAUUGCUGAGCAACUAAAAUUCAGAGCUUGUUUAAAGAUCCUUAUGACUGAAUUAAGAACAUUGGCUACAGGUUAUGAAGUAGAUGGAGGGAAACUCAGAUUUCAACUCUACAACUGGCUUGAAAAGGAAAUUGCUGCCUUGCAUGAGAUAUGUAAUCAUGAAUCAGUUAUUAAAGAAUAUUCUAGUAAGACAUAUUCCAAAGUAGAGAGUGAUCUACUGGAUCAGGAAGAAAUGGUAGACAAACCAGAUAUUGGUUCCUAUGAGCGCCAUCAAAUAGAAAGAAGAAGAUUGCAGGCCAAACGAGAGCAUGCAGAAAGACGAAAGUCGUGGUUGCAGAAAAACCAAGAUCUCCUGAGAGUGUUUCUCAGCUACUGUAGCCUUCAUGGGGCCCAAGGUGGUGGUCUGGCUUCAGUAAGGAUGGAACUCAAAUUUUUGCUACAAGAAUCACAACAGGAAACUACAGUAAAGCAGCUCCAGUCUCCACUACCACUGCCUACCACCCUACCUCUGCUUUCAGCAAGUAUUGCGUCAACAAAAACAGUCAUAGCUAAUCCUGUAUUGUACUUAAAUAAUCACAUCCAUGAUAUACUUUAUACUAUUGUUCAGAUGAAAACACCACCUCAUCCCAGUAUUGAAGAUGUGAAGGUGCACACACUUCAUUCACUAGCAGCAUCACUUUCUGCAUCAAUUUACCAAGCAUUAUGUGACAGUCAUAGCUACAGUCAAACAGAAGGAAAUCAGUUUACAGGAAUGGCUUAUCAAGGACUUCUUUUAAGUGAUCGUAGAAGACUAAGGACAGAAAGCAUUGAAGAACACGCAACACCAAAUUCAUCUCCUGCUCAGUGGCCUGGUGUGAGCUCACUUAUUAAUCUCUUGAGUUCAGCCCAAGAUGAAGACCAGCCAAAACUGAACAUUUUGUUAUGUGAAGCUGUUGUUGCUGUUUACUUAAGUUUAUUGAUACAUGCUCUUGCUACAAAUUCCUCCAAUGAAUUAUUUCGGCUUGCAGCCCACCCAUUAAAUAAUCGAAUGUGGGCUGCUGUUUUUGGAGGCGGUGUAAAACUUGUUGUGAAACCUCGAAGACAAUCAGAAAAUAUUUCAGCACCUCCUGUCCUUUCUGAAGACAUAGAUAAACACCGUAGGAGAUUUAACAUGCGAAUGCUUGUCCCUGGGAGGCCUGUAAAAGAUGCUACCCCACCACCGGUGCCUGCAGAAAGACCAUCCUACAAAGAAAAAUUUAUUCCUCCUGAACUUAGUAUGUGGGAUUAUUUUGUUGCAAAGCCAUUUCUUCCUUUGUCCGAUAGUGGUGUUAUAUAUGAUUCUGAUGAAAGCAUUCAUAGUGAUGAGGAAGAUGAUGCCUUUUUUUCAGAUACACAAAUACAGGAGCAUCAAGAUCCAAAUUCCUAUAGCUGGGCUCUUCUACAUUUGACAAUGGUUAAGCUAGCACUUCACAAUGUCAAGAAUUUCUUUCCUAUUGCUGGACUGGAAUUCUCUGAGCUGCCUGUUACAUCACCAUUAGGUAUUGCUGUGAUUAAAAACUUGGAGAACUGGGAACAGAUCUUGCAAGAGAAAAUGGAUCAGUUUGAAGGUCCACCCGCUAACUAUAUCAACACAUACCCAACUGACCUUUCAGUGGGAGCUGGACCAGCUAUUCUUCGAAAUAAAGCAAUGCUAGAACCUGAAAAUACCCCAUUCAAGUCCCGGGAUUCUUCUGCAUUUCCAGUCAAACGACUUUGGCAUUUCCUUGUUAAACAAGAAGUCCUUCAAGAGACAUUUAUUAGAUAUAUUUUCACUAAGAAAAGAAAGCAGAGUGAGUCUAUAGAAGAACAUGUGGAGCAGGUCAACCAAAACUGCGUAGCAGAAGAUUGCCACAUCAAGGUUGAAGCUGAUCUGGGCUAUCCAGGUGGAAAAGCGAAAGUCAUUCAUAAGGAAUCUGAUAUGAUCAUGGCAUUUUCUGUUAAUAAGGCAAAUUGCAAUGAAAUUGUUUUGGCUUCAACACAUGAUGUUCAAGAACUUGAUGUUACUUCUCUACUGGCCUGUCAGUCAUAUAUAUGGAUCGGAGAAGAAUAUGACAGAGAAUCCAAAAGUUCAGAUGAUGUUGAUUAUCGUGGUUCCACUACAACUCUUUAUCAACCCAGUGCAACAUCCUAUUCAGCAAGUCAGGUGCAUCCACCUUCAUCUCUGCCAUGGCUGGGCAGUGGACAGACUAGCACUGGAGCUAGUGUGCUUAUGAAAAGGAAUCUACAUAAUGUUAAGAGAAUGACUUCACACCCAGUCCAUCAAUACUAUCUUACAGGUGCUCAGGACGGCAGUGUACGAAUGUUUGAAUGGACGCGACCUCAGCAACUUGUCUGCUUUCGUCAAGCUGGCAAUGCAAGAGUUACUAGAUUAUAUUUUAAUUCACAAGGCAACAAGUGUGGUGUUGCGGAUGGAGAGGGUUUUCUGAGUAUCUGGCAAGUUAACCAAACUGCAUCAAAUCCUAAACCUUAUAUGAGUUGGCAGUGCCACAGUAAAGCCACAAGUGACUUUGCAUUUAUUACCUCUUCAAGUCUAGUUGCCACAUCUGGACACUCCAAUGACAAUAGAAAUGUUUGCCUCUGGGACACAUUAAUAUCACCCGGAAACAGCCUCAUUCAUGGUUUCACAUGCCAUGAUCAUGGUGCCACAGUACUUCAAUAUGCACCCAAACAGCAACUCCUGAUCUCGGGGGGUAGGAAAGGACAUGUCUGCAUUUUUGACAUCAGGCAAAGGCAGCUCAUUCACACAUUCCAGGCCCAUGACUCAGCUAUUAAGGCUCUGGCCCUGGAUCCCUAUGAGGAAUAUUUUACCACAGGUUCAGCAGAAGGUAACAUAAAGGUUUGGAGAUUGACAGGCCAUGGCCUAAUUCAUUCAUUUAAAAGUGAACAUGCUAAGCAGUCCAUAUUUCGAAACAUUGGGGCCGGAGUCAUGCAGAUUGACAUCAUCCAGGGCAAUCGGAUCUUCUCCUGUGGUGCAGAUGGCACGCUGAAAACCAGGGUUUUGCCCAAUGCUUUUAACAUCCCUAACAGAAUUCUUGACAUUCUAUAGAUUUAAAGAUUGAGGUUUUAUUUUUAUAUCCAUUUCAAUUAAAAGGCACAGUACAGUAAUCACUAGGCAAUUCUGCUUUCUAAGCAGUUAACAUUGAAAACAGAGAAUCUCUGUGUAGAAUUCGAAUAUGACCCAAGCUGAGUAUUAUCUAUACAGGUUGGUGGAAUGAAUGUGCAUGUACCUUAUUAUGCUGACAUACUAAAAAAAUAAAACCUAGUAUUGUAUGAAGGAUAGCUAUUCUUUACAGCAUUUAGCAAACCUGAUUCAAAAAACAUUUGAGAUUAGCAAAUUAGUAACUUGAAAUAAUGAAAAGGACGUUUAUACCAAAUUAAGGAAGAAAAUGUUGCUGAUUCGGGUUUUUCUUCCUGUUCUCACCACUGACUGCACUGACUGAAGCAUGCCUGCAGUCUCCUCCUCUUUUGAAUGAAGGAUAAUCAUAAGGUGUUAGGAGCGCUAGACCACCAGGAAAACUUUCUUAGCUGUGGAGCAGUGCGCGGUGACCAGUUCUCUGCUGGGAGAGGUUAUUUCCAUUCUUUCCUGCUGAAUAUUUUUCCUGUUAGUGUUUAUACUGAGCUAGUACUGUAACUUGCAAAUGAGUGCAAAUUUAAAUGCAAUGUUUUCCUCACAAUUUGCACAUUUACAUUUUUUGGACUGCUAGUUUUUCUAUUUAAAUAUUUGCCUUCAUGUUAGGAAUGUACUAUGUGAACAUGACAUAUUUGUAGUUAACCAAACACACCUUCUUAGUCCAGUUUAGUACAUUUUCUUUUCGUGUAUUCAAAGUUAAACACCCACAACAUUUAAGGAUAUGUUGAAACUACACCAAUAGAGCAUUUCAUACCAUAAUUAAAAUGAAUGUUAGGCUUCUUGUGGCCAGUUAAUAGUUGAUGAGAUUGGUGAUAUUAUUUAUUGCCACAGCCUAUUGUAUAAACUAUGCAGAGUUAAAUAUUUGCUUGUAAAAUAUUAGCCAAUGUUGUCAUUACUUUGAUGUAUUUCCUUGGUUAUGACCAAAAAUAUGUUGAUAUACUGAAACUAAUGUCUGUGUGUUUAAAUGUUUACCAGCAAAUUGUCUUAUGUUAAUGAGAAUGUUUAAUGCCUGUGUGGUAAAUAGUAAAUACAAUGGCAUAAAAGUAACUUUCUCUGAAGAUGAUGUGAUGUUCAGGUUGUGAAAUAUGUAUGUAAAAGAAAAAUAAAUGUUAUUUGUUAGAGUU